CAUCCAUUAAUUACCUGGCACCGAAAUCGAAUGGAAAUGAGGUUAAUCACAGCUAUUAGCUUUCUGUGGAUAUCGUUCGUUUUGGGACAGUUGCCUCCUGAAAUCGAGAAAUGCGAAGCUGGCGACUCCAUCUGCAUUGCGGAGACUGUGACCCGCCUCUUGCGACUUUAUCCCAAGGGUCUGCCCUCUAUCGGCCUGCAAGCCCUGGACGCCAUCAGAUUCGAGAAUGUCGUCGUUAGUCGGAUAGAACCGAAUAGUCCGGCCACCUUGGAUCUGAAAUUCCGCAACCUAACAGUAAGGGGGCUCGAGGGCGCAACCGUGAUGGAGGCAAAGGGAUUCGACGGCGAGCUGCCGCGAGUACUGGAGCUGAGUGCAUGGGUUCCGUUGCUGAAACUCGAGGGAGACUACGAGAUGCACGGCAGCCUCCUUAACAUGCCCAUUCAGGGAAAGGGCCAGGCUCAGGUGGUGGUCAAGGAGGGCCGCUUUCGCUGCAAGGUUAGGGCCCUGGAGCAGCUCCGAAAGGAUGGCAAACGCUAUAUCGAGAUUGCCAAGGUCAAGUGUUUGCUGGACCUGCAAGGCAUGCAUCUGAACUUUGAGAAUCUCUUCAAUAACCCGGAAUUGAGUGAUGCCAUGAAUAUCGUGGCCAAUACUAAGUGGCUGGAAAUUUGGCACGCCCUCCGAAAGGGUAUAAUCUCGACGGUGGAUCGACUGGUCGAAACGAUUCUAAAGCGUGUGGCUGACAAGCUGCCGUAUGACGAUUUCUAUAGGGAGCUAUAGGGAGUAGUCAUUGAUGUAUAGUAUCUCAAAUAUAAAGGCAUACAUUAACCAUUUAUUUCUUUUCUAGUAAAUCGAAAGGUGAUGAUUGUGGUUCAUCGUUUUUUUUCACUUUAAAUAGUAAAUAAUUCAAAUAGAAUCAAUGGAAUGUUUAAACUAAUUAGUGAAAUAUAUAGUUGAAUUUAUACGAA